UUGUAGAUGCUAUGUUUGUUUUGUUUGCUGAUGAUACAAACAUUGCAAUAAAUAGCGAGUAAAGUACAAAUUUACAAAUAGCUUCUAACUGAAUUUUCACUAUCGUUAAUAAACGGUUUAAAGCUAAUUCAUUGUCGUUAAACUUUGAAAAGAUCCACUAUAUGCAGUUCAGAACGUGUGAGAGAUUUCCUCCCACCGUGUGUAUAGCAUAUGAAGACAUGCAGAUCGAAGAUGUUGACAGCGUUAAAUUUUUGGAAUUACAACUAGAUAAUAAAUUCAGUUGGGAAGAGCAUUCCACUGAAUUGCUGAAGCGCCUAAAGAAGUCUGUAUUUGCAGUCGGAAUGAUGUCAGUUGUACGAGUUGCAGUUAAUGCUGACUCACAAUGCAUUCCCAAAAGUUUUGGAUAUGACAGCAUUGUAUGUGUCUGCAAUUCCACAUACUGUGAUGAAUUUGAAACAGUAACGCACUUUCCAUCUGGACAGUAUUUACUGUACACUUCAACAAAAGAUGGGCUUCGCUUCAAGAAGAGCAAUGGUUCAUUUUCUGCAAGAAAGAAUGCCUCCUCUGUUGCACUUUGCUUUUUAUACUCUGAAUGUUUUGGUGAAGCACUGUUAGAGAUUUAA